AUGGCGCGCGGAGCGCGCCGAAGGGCGACGCCGGAGGCGCCACCAGGGGGGCCCUGCGCCGAUCCAGGGAAUCCGCGCGGGCUUCCGAAACCUGUGUGCUUGAACAGAUGUUUCUUCUUCUAUCCUCCGGGCCGAGAUCGGUUCGCAGACUCGGUGAUACACCCUCUCUUCCACUACUCGCCGCCGUCGGUGGAGACGGGCCUGGGCGUCCACGACUGGGAGGGCUACAAGAUCGUCAACGCCGCGUACUGCGACGCCCUGCUGAAGGAGCACGCGCGUGGCGACCUGGUUUGGAUCAACGACUACCCGUUGAUGUUGUUGCCCAAGCUGCUCCGUGCGGAGCGGCCCGAGAUAACCAUCGGCUUCUACAUGCACUGCGUCUUCCCGAGCAGCGAGGUGUAUCGGAUCCUUCCGCAGCGCGAGGAACUGCUGAGGGGCAUCCUGAGCUCCAACAUCAUCGGGUUCCACAACUUCCAGUAUGUGCGGCACUUCCUGACCAGCUGCACGCGCGUCUUGGGCCUCGAGUGCUCGGCGAACUCCAUCGAGGCGUGCGAGGACGCUGGGGGCACGUGCACCAAGGUCCUCUCCGUGCCUCUCGGCAUCGAUAUCCAGCCGUUCCAACACAUAUUGGAUCAGGAUGACACGAGGAUGCGCAUCCAGGCACUCUUGGAUAGCUUCAAGGGCCUGACUAUACUGGCGGCAAUUGACAGGCUGGAGGAGAAGAAGGGGAUCCCCCACAAGAUCAUGGCCUUUCACAAGUUUCUGCAAAGGGAGCCGGCGUGGGCGCACAAGUGCGUAUUCGUGCAGAUCGUGGUCCUGCGGGAGGAGGCGCACGAGGACGACCCCGGGGACUUGUCGGACGACAGGCAUGGUUUGCUUCAGCAGGUCUAUCAGAUGGCUGGGGAGGUCAACUCCAAGUUCGGAUCCAUCGGCCACUUGCCUUUCCACUUCCUCUGCCAGGAGUUCAAGAAGGUCGACGUGGCAGCGCUGCUCUGCGCGGCCCACGUCUUCGUGGACACCCCGUUGCGUGACACCUUGUCCCAGCCAGCGCACGAGUACCUGUACUGCCAGAAGGAUAAGAACUGUGGCGUGCUGAUCAUGUCGGAGUUCUCCGGCAGCGCCCAGUCGCUGCGCGCGGCGGCCAUCUGCGUGAAUCCGUGGGACACCGGCGGCUUCGCCGACGCGCUCCAGGAGGCGCUCGAGAUGGACGUGGAGGCUCGCGAGGAGCUGCACCGCUACGGCCACAAGUACGUGGUGGAGUACACCCUGAGCCACUGGGCGAUGAACUUUCUGGAGGAGCUCCAGACGGCGGAGCACGAGACGGAAAGCGAGCGGCUGCAGAUCCCGCCGCCGCUGGAGCACGAUCUGCCCGUCACCGCGUGGCGCAAGGCGAAGCGCCGCCUGGUCGUGCUGGGCUUCGCCGGCACGCUCCUGCCCAGGAGCACCAAGGUGCACGCGAAGAUCCUCCCAAAGCUGCCGUCGGUUCUGCACAGCAACCUGCAGGUCAUUGCGGAGGAUCCGAACACGGAGGUGGUUGUGGUCAGCGGGUACGGGAGGCAGACUGUGGCACAUGCUCUCGUCAACGUGCCAUGCUGGAUCAUCGCAGAGAGCGGCGUGUGCUACAGGAAGCCAGGUGAGGAUGAUUUCGUAAGCACGUUGGACGAGGAAGAUUUGGAGUGGCUCGGUCCUGUGAGAGAUAUCAUGGACUAUUUUACAGCCCGCACGCCAGGUUCGAACGUUGUUGAGACGGCCUCCUCUAUAUCAUGGCACUACCAGAAGACGCAAGGUGACCAUGGUGCGCUUCAGUCCAAGGAUCUUCUCAUCCACCUAUGGGCCGGACCACUGCUCUCUGCUCCAGCAGAGGUGAUCGUGGGGACUGCAGACGUGACUGUCCGGCCGACGGGCGUGACGAAGUCUUCUCAGCUCGAGUCGGUCAUACAGCAGAUCUGCGGCGAAACACUAGAGGAUGGCACGACACGGUUGAAGGAGGAGUGGCGCAACAACGACUCCAUCGUGUUUUCGGCGGCUGACCUCAACACUCGGGACGAGGAUAUGUUCGCCCUCCUGCACAAGAUGUUCGAGAGCGCGCAGGAGAUCCCCGACGAUGACAAGCGCAGUCUCGGGGCGAUCGAGCGGGGCCUGCAGUCAGAGGCGGAGGACGGGUGGCGACCAGGGGCAAAGGGUUGGACAUCGCCUCCGCAGUUGUCUUCGGACGAGGUCCACAUGGAGGCCAACAGCAAGUCGCUGAACGAGGUGUACAGCAGUUUGAACAUGGUCGCGACCGGCAAGUCCAUCAUCGCAGAGAUCGAGGAUCAGCGCGAACUUCCCGGCCUGUUCGGGCUGCACGGCAGCCCCAACCCCAGCUCCAGUAACGCUGUCCUCCAGCAGGCGCUGCUGAGCGUCCUCAAACGGACUGGGUCCGAGCCAGACUCGCACGCCUACCAGGGCGGCGUCGACGAUUGCCUUGUCGGGGAGCACGCGCAGGAGCAGUGGCCGUCAGCAUCUUUCGACGGUGAUGCCGUCGACCAGGGUACACGACUUUAUUCGUGCACCAUCAAUCGGAAGGCCACCAGGGCGAUGUACCACCUCACUGACACCAACGAUCUCGCGUUCUUGAUGGCGAAGAUUGCCCGUGAAGUCAGGCAGUCCAAGGAGGUGGUGACGGACAGCGAGUGA